GGAGGCCCUGAACGUGUCUAUUGCUGGUGGAUCCCUUGUACUUGUGGGAGGGGGAAAAAGGCUUAUCCAACCAGAACUUGUCUACUUGCUGCAUGCUCAAUAGGUUUUUUUUUUUUUAACUCCAGCAUGUAAAUCCACCACAAAGGAGCUGAAGUUCAAAUAAGGCUGCUUUAGUCUUGCAUGAAAUGAUAGAUUCAAAACUUCAGAAUUGAAAUGCCUGAGUUCUCUUCUUUCAUCAAAAGAAAGUUUCUACUGCAGCCUAUUGUCCCUCCAUGCCUAUAGCAUGAGGAUGUGCAUCUUAGAGUCAGCAACUGAGCUGUCUUUUUUUCUAUCAAGGAAAAACAUUUAAACAAUAAGAAAAACAAGAUUAGCAGAGCCUUAGGGUAUUAACUUUUCUAAUGACAGUAUCAAAUGUAUAAAACUUUUCAGUGGCAGUCUAGCUAGCUUUCACUGCAGACAUACUUCUGAUACAGAGAUGUCACAGUUCCCAUGGAUAAACUGUUCAGUUAAUCUUUGAUAAAAAGCACGUUAAAGACUGAAGAAAGAAGCCGAAGGCAAAGGAAACACGGGACUGGAAAAAUACUGAAUAUCUUUUUCUGAAAGUUUAUUUUCCCUUCACUCUGAUGAUAGGAAUGUCCUCUAAUUGUAUCUCAAGGGAAACAAAAUAUCGACAGAGCAAAUAUACACCAAUCAGGACACAGAUUGCAGUUCAAAUAAUAGAGACGGGGUGAAUACUGGAUAAAUGUGCUCGCAAACAUAUUUAUCGAAUCCUAUUCAUGAUUCAAUCCAACCACAUUUAUGUCCUUUGUGUGGUUUUUCAGGACCACUCAGAGAGUUGGUUUAUUUUGACAGCCCUAAUCUAGUGAUUUUAGAAACCGUAACAGCACAGGAUCAGCUACAUUCUGUUCACAUUUUAAGGUUAUCUUUGCAAGUGUAAGGGAUGAAAACUUAAUAUUUAUUUAAAUGAAUUUCUGAGAAACUGAUGGCACUGUCCUGGAAAUAUGGACUUACUUUUUACUAAUUCAGUUCCUUAAGAUUUUAGAAGUUCAUUUGUAGAAGAAAAAGUAUCCAAAAAUAAAGAAUGAUGAAGGCAGCAAGAUUAACUUGUUUAUUACUAAUUGCAGUCAUGGGAGUGACUGCUAGCAAGACACAGGAAUUUGAAAGCAGUGACGAGGGCACAGAGAAAGAAUUCAUUUAUCUGAACAGGUAUAAGCGGUCCAGCGACACACAGGACAAGUGCACUUAUACCUUUAUUGUACCUCAGCAGAAAGUGACAGGUGCCAUUUGUGUUAAUUCAAAGGAGCCUGAGGUUCUUCUUGAAAACCGGGUAAAUAAACAAGAAUUAGAGCUGCUUAACAAUGAACUUCUAAAGCAAAAGAGACAAAUAGAAACUCUUCAGCAACUGGUGGAGGUGGAUGGUGGGAUUGUUAAUGAGGUUAAACUUUUACGAAAAGAAAGUCGGAAUAUGAACUCUCGUGUCACACAACUUUAUAUGCAGCUGCUACAUGAAAUUAUUCGAAAACGAGACAAUGCAUUAGAACUUUCCCAGCUUGAAAAUAAGAUAUUGAACCAAACUGCUGAUAUGUUGCAACUUGCAAACAAAUACAAGGACCUAGAGUACAAAUAUCAACAUUUGGUGACAAUUGCCAAUAACCAGUCUAUAAUUAUUGCACAGCUAGAAGAACAUUGUCAAAGAAUGCCAUCCAUUAAGCCAAUACCCCAACCUCCCCAACCACCUAACAGAAUGUAUCAGCCUCCUACUUACAAUCGCAUUAUUAAUCAAAUAGCUACCAAUGAGAUUCAAAGUGAUCAGAAUUUAAAGGUUCUACCACCUAAUCUACCAACCAUGCCACCAGUUACUAGCAGUCCAACUUCAACUGAUAAACCAUCUGGACCGUGGAAAGACUGUCUACAGGCAUUAGAAGAUGGCCAUGACACCAGUUCCAUCUAUCUUGUGAAACCUGAAAAUACAAAUCGACUUAUGCAAGUCUGGUGUGACCAGCGACAUGACCCUGGUGGCUGGACCGUCAUUCAGAGACGACUCGAUGGAUCAGUCAACUUUUUCAGGAACUGGGAUACUUACAAGCAAGGAUUUGGUAACAUAGAUGGAGAGUACUGGCUGGGUUUAGAAAAUAUUUAUUGGCUAACAAAUCAAGGCAACUACAAACUGCUUGUAACAAUGGAAGACUGGUCAGGUCGAAAAGUAUUUGCUGAAUAUGCCAGUUUCAGACUGGAGCCAGAGAGUGAAUAUUACAAGUUGAGACUGGGUCGUUACAAUGGCAAUGCUGGGGACUCUUUCACUUGGCACAACGGGAAGCAGUUCACCACACUGGAUAGAGACCAUGAUGUAUACACAGGUAACUGUGCUCAUUACCAGAAAGGAGGAUGGUGGUACAAUGCCUGUGCUCACUCAAACCUCAAUGGAGUCUGGUAUCGGGGAGGACACUAUCGUAGUCGAUAUCAGGAUGGUGUUUACUGGGCUGAGUUCCGUGGCGGAUCAUAUUCACUAAAGAAAGUUGUUAUGAUGAUCAGGCCUAACCCCAACACAUUCCACUGAAAGAAUUUUUUCCUCUUUUAAUUUGCUGUUUAAAACAGAAUGAUGAAAUGGCAGUAAUAGCUGCAUGUGCUAUCCGGAAUAGGUCUUUAUAGCAGCAAGGAAUGUAAGAUAUUGUACAUUUAUUGCUAAAAUGUGAGGACUUGUAUAUUGUAUUUUUAACAUUCAUUCCAGCAAAAACAUACAAUGUAAGUGAUAUAAUCAACUUUCAGAUCAUCUUUCUUUGUACCAAAAAUAAUUAAGGUUCCUGUUUCUAGAACUGGGAGUUGAGAUGGACUGUAGAUAACACUUCUGGGUUUUAUUCCCUGUGAAUUAAGUCUAUAUGCUAAAAAUAUUGCCACAGCAUCUAAAUAUUUUGUAUGUUGUAUUAUGUAUAAAUAUUCUCAAAUACAGUACAAUCUGUACAGCAAGAGUUUUAUUCUUAUUAGUAGGGAUCAUUUGACACAGGAAAUCACAUCCUUUGAAACUAUGUAGCUGGUAUAUGUAUUAUAGGGUAUUAGUGGGAUUAUUCCUAAUUUAAUUUUUGUUAAUUGUCAGAUAAAACAAAUCACUAAAUCAUUUCAGUUUGUGGGCAGACACCCAAAUAGUUACGAUAAUGAUUAAUCCAGUCCUUCACUCUCACUUUUCUCUUAAUAUACAUGCCAUCAUUCUCAAAACUGACCUCUGAUACAAACAUUUUUGAUCAAGGAAGGAAAAUGAGUGUUUUUAAAUUGAACUGCCUACAUGUAUUUAUAAAGUAAUCCAAUCUUAUAAUGGCUAUUGCAUAUUAUAUAGCCAACAUGAAUAAUGUUAAUGUUCAUAUAAAAUAAUAGCCUAAAUAUUUAACAUUAUUUUAUACCUGAGCAACGUCAUUACCUGCUGUGUAGCCACUGUAAUCAGAAAAUGGCUACAAAUUAAAGGGGCUAUCCAACUUUGCAGGCAAAUGAUGGAUACCGAUCUAUAUUCUAUUUAAUGUCCUUAGCCACAAGAUUAAGAUUUUUGGAAGAAAAUAUUUGUAACCAAGAACAAUUAUAUUUACCAUAUUUCACAAUUAUUAAUGAGUAUAUUGUGUGUCAACAUAUUAAAGAGAAUUACUCACUCAUAUUUAUAAAUAAAAUCAAUUGUGGAAACUUGGAGAAUUUUAGAAUUCUGCUGAGGUAGGUAUGUAGAAUAGAUAAUUGUUGCAAAUUAGAAACUACAGUGAAAACCAUAAAAUUUAGUGAAAGAAUGUCUGAGAAAAACAAAAAAAGCUCUUGCUCUCUUCCCUUAUUACCUCACUGUUUCUUUACAAAUGUAUGAUGUGCAUUAAAAACUGAUGAUGCCUGAUGUAGCAUGUGUUGUAUAUAAAUGAAAGUAGGGUUUUUAAUAUAUUAUCAGAUUAUCCUUGUAAUAUUGCAAAUUGGUAAUAAAGCAACAAAUGCUAUUUUGAUGUA